GCGUCCUCCCCCAGCCGGUGCUUGCAGCAAUUUCGUACGUUGGCGUCUUCCCUCUCACAACGUGUGUCUCCGGUCGCCGCGAUUGCAACAACGCAAGUGCGUGUUCUGUUUCGGCUGCCCUAUCGUUCAUGGCUGACCUGUACCGCAGGCUGCCUUUGCUGCUGCUCGUCACUGUGCUGCUGCUUGCCGUUGUCGUCUUUCAUAUAUGCUUCCUCAGUCACGUCCCUGGGAGGAAACAGACGCGGCGAACGCCGAAGAGGGGCAGGAAGAUGGAGAAGCUACAAACGAAGACCGAGCUGUCCGUACGGGCUGGGGGGUCGUCACGUCAGCGUUGCAGCAAUGCGGAAGGCGGCAGGCGGCCGUAUGACCCAACGAUGUACAGCCACCUGCCGUCCCACGAGAUUUCGUUGCCUCCAAGUGAUGACGAGGGCGACAACCCCCGAUCCUCAACGGUUCCUCUGGGCAGCAGUUCGACGCAGGAUUGGAUGGGGAGCCAACUGUACAGACAGGCAUCGACACCGACGUACACUGAUCUACUGGAGGGGCGGACCGCGGUUGGUUAUGACGCAGGACUCGUAGAUCUCAGCUUCGGUUUGAGGUCUGGGAGUGUCGAGGACGUGACGCACACCGUUCUCGUGAACCCAGCUUCUGGCACCAACCACACACCAGCUUCGGUGAGGGCGUCGGGCCUUCCGGAUAACCGCGCCUGGUGUUCGGGUCAGUCGGGCAACGAACGUGGACUCUUUUCGUCAAGGCGGGGGGCAGUGGGCACAGCAGGUGUGGCCGCACCGAGGACGACGACAGGUGGAUCGGCUCCGACGACGCCAGGCGGCACAAUCGACGGACGAGGGGACAACGAAGAGUGCUCCGCUGCGGAGGUCGUGGGACGAAAGGUUUGGGAUGAUCAUCGGCGACAAUCCCGUCAAGCGAGCACGUCCGGCAUAACAAGAGGGGUGGCGAAGAUUAAUGUGGGGGCGGGCGAUAAAUUCGGCGAUUGCGAUGGUGCAGGGGGCAAAGAUUGCGUGGCAGACGACGGGUCCAAUGACAACGACGAGGACGACGACGGGGAGAUGGAGAUUCGUCCAGUAGGGAGGAAGUGGGGAGGGGGCGAUCACACUAUACACCCCACGAAUCUCGCGGACACGGGUGCGGCUGGAGGUGUUCAAAUGAUCGGCCCACGUGGAGGUCGGAAUGAAUCCGGCGGUAGUGAGGGAUGCGGGGAUGGACAGGACGACGAUCAGGGAUCGACGAGGGAUUCAACGUUCAGCGGCGGUGGUGGUGGCGGGGGCGGCAAACGGAAGAAUGUAAGACAACAGACCUUCGACACGAUUGCGGACGUCAUGAAGGAGCACGGGAAUCUGAUGGCGACGACGGUGGACAACGCGAGCAAGAGGCAGUGCUCAGUUCUGACGAGGCAAUGCGACAUUCUCGAGCGAGAGCUAGAAGUGCAGAAGGAGCACUACGUGAAGGCCGACCAGGUGAACUUCAUGAUGUGCAACGCCCUUCUGGAGAUUGGUAAAGCGAUCCUUGCGGACGAGAUGGCCCCGAGGAGCGCCUCAGGGAAGGGCAGGAAAGAUAGCGGAGUAGGGAAGGGGGGGGAAACCCAAAAAGGCAGAGGCCACGUGCCAAAGUCGAAAAGGCAGCGCGUUGACGAGGCGAGCUCCGAACACACUGACGACUUUCAGGCAGACAAAGUGGUGAUGGUGGAUGUGCAAGGGACGGUAGGGGCGAUGCGAUUGCGUUUUGGGCGGGAUGGGGUUUCAAGGGAACAGUUGUCCGCUAUCAAACAGAGCGUCGUUGUUGGUGCUGUCGGGGCGUUGCCAAGGACCCCGAAGGGGACAGGGGUUGUCAUCACGGAGGCGUGCGUACCGAGGCAACUUCCGGCGGUGGUAGGCCAAGGUCAGCCACGUCAGCCACUCCCCGUGCAACAGGCGGGGGCUUCAGGGGGAGGGAAAACACCGUCCGCACAAAAGGGCGAGGCGACGGCGAGCGGCAGUCGGACGGCGGCGGCGAAUCACACCACUAGAAGCGGACUCGCCGAAGGUGCGGAAGAGGGGAGGGUCGACGACUUCCGCCGCGAUGAUGGGAGAAGAGAUGGAGAGCGAGAGGGCGAUGACGACGACGACCGUCCACUUGUUAUGAGGUUGAAGGGAGCGGCAAAGGAGGAUGAUCUCGAAGAGAGGUCGAAGUUGUGGGUUGAUUGCGACGCUUUCUGGGGUCAGGGCCCGGGGAAACCCUUGAGGGAGGCGGUAGGCGACUGCGCGGACUACUUCGUUGUCAUCGCUAACGGAGACGCAGGAGCUGAACCGCCUUUGAUGCUCAUAAUGCCGCCGAAUGAUGUGCCGCUCUUCAAGAUCGAGGACCCUGCGCAGCCUGAACCAGCUCUACGCAGAGCGCGCAGCAUGGAGAAAUUGGUGCUGCGCACCAUCCACGACUGGAUUUUCAAAUCGUCGUCGAGGUCGACUGGCUUCGCUCGUGCAGAGUCGUACAUCACCGUCGACGUUGCUACAGACGUCGCACGAGGAGUUUGGCAGGGAUUUGAAUGGUCCAAAGUGGUUUCCCCUGCCCUCGUCCACCACACGUCGGCGAUGAAGAUGGACGUGCCUCUGUGGUUCGCGGGGGUGAAGAUUGUGGACCGGCCGGAAGACGACGACAUGGCGGCGCGGCAGGAGGCAACAGUUCUUCGCUUGGCGGGCUGCUGGAUAGAUGCAGUCUGGUGCGGACAAUGGACGGACGGCGGGCGAGUGAAACAGGAGAGGUUGUUGCGGCUUACGAGGUGUGGUUCUACGCGCGUGGUUCCCACCAGUUUCACUAAUCGCCUUGGCAAGGACUUCAUUGGGUACACUGACUGGUUCACUCCUAUGAAGGAUAUAGUCAGUCUUGAGGUUAUAGACCUCGUUUCCACAGCAGGCAACAAAAAGCCCAUGGGCGGUAGGCGGUUCAAAGGCAGCAGCCGUUUUGUUGUGCAUGACCUGUUGAAGGCUGAAGAAGAGGCCGAUGCAGAUGACCCCACUCUUGGCCUAGAGCCUGAGGCAACCAAGGUUGAAGUCAUACGCAAUUGGCCUCAGCCCGCGAACAUCCGCGAACUGCACUCUUUCCUUGGUCUCGCGUCGUACUACCGUAAGUUUGUGCCCCGCUUCUCUAUUGUUGCUCGCCCGUUGUCCUGGUUAACAAGUAAGAAUGUUCCCUACUCUUGGGACACCACAUGCAAGGACGCCUUUCAAGCUUUGAAAGAAGCAUUGGUAAGUUACCCUGUACUCUGCAUUGCAGAUCCCAGACUGACAUUCGUAGUUACUACGGAUGCAAGCCAGUAUGGAAUUGGCGCAGUGUUGCAGCAAGAUGACGGCGAUGGCUUGCGACCGCUCGAAUUCUAUAGCAAAUGCAUACACAACAUAAAGGUAGCCACUUCCACCUACAUGCGCGAGCUCUAUGCUCUGUGUAUGGCUUUGGACAAUUGGAAGCACUAUCUUUUGGGACGCCACUUCAAAGUGUUCUCAGAUCAUGAGACUCUGAAGUGGAUCAAGGAACAAACUACCUUGUCCCCUACGUUACUUCGCUGGUUCCAUGAAAUUGACAUCUUUGACUUUGAGUUGAGACACAAAAAGGUUUGUUAUAAUCGAGUCGCUGAUGCAUUGUCUCGCCACCCGAAGUACAUGACUUGCCUUGUGAAAUCCUACGACCUCCGGAAAAAACUGAAGGAGGAGUUCGUAGAGCAUACAGCCAAGGAUCCGGAACUUAGUCCCAUCCUUGAGCGGUUGCGGGCUAAUCCUACUAGUCAGCCUGAUUUUCACGAAUAUGGAGGACUGAUUUUCCGUCGCUACGGGAACCACGACCGCUUGUGUGUGCCCAACCAUGAGCCUCUCCGUACGCAUUUUCUGGAUUUGGCUCAUGGCCAGAGCGGACACUUCGGUAUGGUAAAGAUGUACGCAAAUUUGCUCAGACAGUUUGAUUGGCCUGACAUGAAAGGGACUGCUGAAAAGUUUGUGGCUGAAUGUCAAGUUUGUCAACGAAUCAAACCAUGCAGACAAAAGCCCAUGGGGCUACUCACACCCCUUCCCAUUCCCGAAGGGAACGCUGAAAAGUUUGUGGCUGAAUGUCAAGUUUGUCAACGAAUCAAACCAUGUAGACAAAAGCACAUGGGGCUACUCACACCCCUUCCCAUUCCCGAAGGUUCCGGGGAGUCCGUCUCCAUCGACUUCACCGACUUGGGAAAGGUGAGUAAGAACGGCUACUCACAAGUCAUGGUGAUUGUUGACCGAUUCUCUAAGUUCCUUAAUCUGAUUCCUUUGCCACUUCACGCUCCAACAAAACUAGUGAUCCGUGAGUUCCAACAGAAGUACAUUCUGCAGUUCGAAACCCCGAAGACUCUUGUGAGCGAUCGGGAUCCGCGCUUCAUUUGUACUGAAUGGAAGGACUUCACGUCUCAACUAGGGAUCAGACUGUGUAUGACAUCUGGCCGACACCCCGAAGCCAAUGGUUUGGCUGAGGAGAUCAACCAGACUGUGUUUCAACUUCUCCGCGCCUUGAUUAUUCCGGAUCAGGAAACAUGGGAUGAAGAGAUGUAUUCCGUUAAAGGGUUGUACAACAACUCCGUCCAUUCCGCCACCGGCAUGACACCCAACAGGUUGCAUUACGGUUGGCAGAUCCGUAAUCCGCUCUCCUACCUAUUCCCUGAACAGCCAGCUGGCUUAACACCCGCAGGCCUGGCUUCAUGACCAAGUAUGAUCGCUUGCUGAAAGUUGCCAUUACAGCAAUGACCAAGCGACAGCACGCCAUGAUCCAUCAUGCAAACAAAAGGCGCCGACCGUC